GCACCCUCCCACCCUAGACCAAAUCCCAAUGUCCGGCUCAUCAAUAUAGCGAAAUGGCACCUCUGGAUCGCGCUGAACAUCGGCAACAGCGUAUGCGUGGCGCUGGCGUCGCGAAUGUCCAGACAAACUUCAGUUUCAACCUUGGGGCCCUGUCGCGGCCCGCUAAACAGGUUUCGCUUCCGCCUCCGCUCCCGCGGACACGCACACCUGUCGCCAAUACUCCACCUGGCCGCCCGGGAUCCGCUCAGCGACAUCGCAGCGCGUCUGUUAAGAGUAGUUCCGUCAAAAGGGGGCCUCAAACAGCGCGGCAAGGAAUCGUCACUCCGCAGCUGGGGAAGAGAAAGCGGGGCUCGGAUGAGGCAGCGGGAACAGACGCCAAUGAUGUGGACGAACUCAGCCCCGAACACCACCUUGGGAACCCAAGCCCGACCGAAAUAGCCAUACGAAUUGCGAAAACCGUCUCGCCAGUCCGCGAGGUAGAUGAUGACAUGCAAGAUGAGUUGUCACUUCUGGAUGUUGUCAAUCACGAGGCGCCGGCGUCCCUUUUCACGAAACCUGUAAGAAAUGAUUCAAGCACACCCAAGAUCCGUGAUACACCUUCAAAUAUAGACAAUCAAGCACGCGGUCUCUCGAAACCCGUACCGGUCACCCCUGUCGGACCUAUUAUUCGCAAACAACGGCUGGAUCAGAAGGUUGGACAGACUGGGCAAGCCCCGGAAGGAAACAGGAAGGAGCGAGGGCUAUCUCAACCUGAUUCUGAUAUUCGACAGUCGGCUUCGCAUAAUAAGUCGACGGCAGGCGAGACAUUCAUUGAAGAUGAUGUUGAUGAGUUAUCCCCGGAACAAAGCAGCGCGAGAGGGUUUCAAUCAGCGUCCACAACGCAAGCCUUCCUUCAGCAGACCCCAACCAUCAGUACCGGCCAAAGAGGGCCGGAAUCGACAACAUCUCCCAAGGGAGGGCGGCUCCGUGUAAUGGCGACACACGAGGACGAUGAAGAAGAAGACAUAGUGCAGUCUACGCCAGCCUUGGAUAAGCCACGUCGUAUACAACGCGAAAGUAUCGACGUCGCCGAAAGCCGACGCGGAUCAGAGGCGAAUCCAGACCAUGAGGACCACGGCGCGCAUACGGCUCGCCGGGAACGUGAUCAGGCUCGCCGCAGCCCUGAAGAAAGUGGCGGCAAAUCCCCCUCACCUGAGGAGUUCGACGAUGGGCAGCAGGAAAGCGAUGAGAUCCCUCCGAUGCAGCGUCGCACACCUCCAUUUCGCGCUCGUGCCCCCGGGAAGAAGACUAUGACCAAAUUGCCAGCCGAAAAACCUGCGAAAAAGCGGCGGAAGACGGGGCCUUCUCAAAUCAUACAGGUCAUGCGUCUGAAGGGCUUUGCCGUGAAUGCUCUCACUGUAGUUGAUACGACGCGUAAUCUGAUGGAAGAGUGGACAACACAUCGCAUCAAUAAGAUGACCGAGCAAUUGACAAAUGUCAAUGAUGGGUCGCGUGCCAAAUUGAUCCGACACCACAGAAACGUCAUUCUGGCUUAUAGAGACCAGCUAGAGGACGAUCUGCUCGAGCUCCAGGAUGCCAAUGACACUAGCAUUGAUAACGUCAAGAAACUCAAACAAUUCAGUAGUGAGAACAAGCGCCUAAGAAAGGAGUACUUUCAGCUUCAGCGUGAUCGUGAGCAGAUAGCGCUCGAAACCGAUGACAUUACAGAAGGCUUUCUGAAUGAAAAGAAGGACAUUGAGACUCGACAUGGGCUCAGCUCUUCGCUAUAUGAUAUCCAAGCCGCCAUACAAAGCGGGAAAGAGAAGGCUCGGGCGGAAGGCCGGGAGAAUGAAGGGCCAGAAUUACCCCUUAACAUGUUACUGGAGAAUGUCUCGAUGAACUUUGGACAGUCCACUGGGCUUCUAUGGAAGAUAAAGGAUCUGAACGGCUUUCUCGGCAAAACUGCAAGUCUGCUGGAAAGGAAGGUGUGAAGUGUUAGGUCGGCACUGAUGUGUUGCCGACUCGAUGAACUUGCUACUGCUUGCAUACUAGCUACUUGAAUCAAGUUCGUUGGGAACCAGAACCGUGUCCACGUUGGGAUCACUGGCCGCGACAGUGAGUGCGCUACGUUCAUGAGGCGAAGAUGUUAUUGGUCAUGGAAGCGCGGUGGGUUGCCGUUCAGGAAUCACAAUGUCGUGGCAAACAUCUCCACGCAUCCCCGUUAUCCAUAGCUAGCCUACGAACUGUCCAAG